GUGACAAUCAAAUCAAUGACAAUAUAAGACAAUGUUUGUCAUGUAUAUUGGGUGUUACGUGUGAUUGUACUGAAUUAAUUCCCGUGUUGCUUUAUAUAUUUUUUAUCUAAGAUUUUGACUGGAAAAUUUGCACGUAAUAUAUACUUUGUUGACCAGUGGAAACUAAAGAUGUGCGAAUAAUUUAAGUGUUCGGUUUUACCACUAGCGGAGAUUGAAUCCACACAAUUGAAGACAUGGAAGGAGAACAUCCUUCUUUGUGUGUGGUAAGCGCAAAGGAGUUAUUCCCCAUUGGUGCCGUCUCUCUGGAAGAACCAGAGUUACAAGUACCAUUUACACCAUUAUAUGGUGAAUCUGUUAGAAAUGUGGGUCGUACACAAGAUGGGUUAAUUACCUUAUCUAAUUAUCGUGUACAUAUAUCUGAGAAGACAUAUGCAGGCUCAGAAGAACGUAGCCUACCUCUUGGACUUAUUGAUUUAGUAGAAGUGCGGGAUAUGUUCCAAAUGAUAGUUUACUGUAAAGAUGCUCGUGUUGUAAAGUGUUCAUUUGAUUCAAAUGAACAAUGUGCUGAUUGGCACAGACGUAUUACGUCAGCCAUCAAUCCACCAUCAAAUCUAGAAGGUUAUUUUGCCUUCCCAUUUCAUGCAUGGGUGGCGCAUGUAAUACGACAACAAAAACAAGGCGAUCUUUCACAUACAGAAGUUCCUGCUACACAGUAUAAUGAAACUUUAAACGAAUGGCUGCCUAUGCUAAAGCGUGCGAGUCGGUUUUCAAAUGAUGAUUUUCAGGAUGAGGUGGACAGACUUCAAUUUGAUUUACGCGGUGCAUGGCGCAUAUCGAAAGCUAAUUCUGAUCAUUUACUUUGCCAAUCCUACCCAAGACAACUUCUGGUUCCUGCAUGCAUAUCAGAUGAUACAUUGGAAACUGUCGCCAAAUUCAGAAGUUCACGUCGAAUUCCUGCUGUGGUUUGGAGGCACCGAGGCAAUGGUGCAGUGAUUGCAAGAUGCAGUCAACCGGAAGUUGGUUGGCUGGGGUGGCGUUCUUCAGAAGAUGAAGAACUUAUGAAAGCUGUGGCUGAUGCUUGUGCAUUUGACCAUGGACAUUGGGUUAACAAUAGUAACCAAGUUCGUGAAAAUGCUGCCAAUUCAACAGUAACAAACCGUGUAAAUGGGGAUGUUAGUCAUUAUACGAAUGGUGUUGGUUAUGAUGAAAGCAAUUCGAAAAGUGGGACACCACCUCCUUCCAGUCCUGAUGCAACUCAUGUUGAAGGCCUUCAACAAGUAUCCCUUCAACAAGUUAAGAAAGUGUUAAUUGUGGAUGCUCGUUCUUAUACAUCGGCUGUAACCAAUAGAGCACGAGGUGGUGGUUGUGAAUGCCCUGAAUAUUAUAACGCUGAGAUCCAGUUUAUGUCAUUGGGGAACAUACAUGUCAUACGAAAGAGUUUUAUGUCUCUUAGGAAUUUAUGUGCAAUGCCUGCAGAUUGCGCUAAUUGGUUAACAUUACUGGAACGCACACACUGGCUUCAACAUCUUUCUGGAUUGAUGCGUGCCAGUUUAACAGUUGUUAAAGCUGUUCAUAAUGCCGGUAGGCCAGUGUUGGUCCAUUGUUCUGAUGGAUGGGAUCGUACGCCACAGAUAGUUGCCACUGCGCAACUUUGUUUAGACCCAUAUUACCGAACCAGAGAAGGUUUUCGCACAUUGGUGGAAAGAGAAUGGCUAAGUUUUGGUCACAAGUUUGCUGAUAGAGGAGGUCACCAGCCUGGUUCAAUCCCAGAUUUAAAUGAACGUUGUCCAGUAUUUUUACAGUGGCUAGAUGUUGUUCAUCAGCUAGUUAGACAAUUUCCUUGUAGUUUUGAAUUUUCAAUGCCUUAUCUUAUUAAACUGGCCCAACAUUCUCAUAGUUGCUUAUUUGGCACCUUCUUGUGUAAUAGUGAUAGAGAGAGAUCAAAGUAUAGUAUAUAUGAGAGAACAUUUUCAGUGUGGGCAUUUCUAGCAAAUCCUGCAUUUCGCAAUCAUUUGUAUACUGGACAACGUGAAUCUGUACUUUGGCCACAGCAUAAUGUCAGAGAUUUAGUUCUCUGGGCUGAAGUUUAUUUAAGUGGACAAGAUGGGUGCAGGAGUGAUUCCUCUGCAAAUCAAGGUUUAGAUUUAGAUGUUGAAACGGGUCUCAUGACAAAAACAAGAUCAUAUGGGGAUCUUCUGACUGCUGGUGCAGCAACAAUUUUACAAACGCCUUCAGUUAGACGCUCAAGUGAUCCUAGUGUUUCUCUGGACACUAUAAAAAUGAGUGAAAUCACACUAAAUGAUGAAUCAAUUGAUGGUUCUGAAAAAUGUGAAUCAGAAUCAGAUUCAUAUGUAUUGAGCUCGAAAGAGACUUCAAAUUUUAUAGACAUCCAGUCACAGUAUAAUUACACAGAUCAUUAUAAAAUUGAUGAUGAAUCAAAUCCUAAGUUAGUAGACCUUAAUAAAAGUAAUAAUUUGGAAAAUGAAGCUGUGACAAAUUCAGAUAAUUUUAAUAAUUUAGAGUACAACAGUUGCAUUAACGACUUAAAUAAAAUACCAAAUGGGCAGACAGUAAAUAUAGAUUUAAGUAUUGAUAAAUGUGAUACAGAUAUUAAAGACAAUAUCUGCAAUUCUUCAACUUGUGAUAAAUAUGAUAUUUCAAAUACUAUAGAGAAUUCUAAUUCAGAUCAAGGAGAUCUUAAUUUUAAUGAAGGAGAAUGUGAAAAAUCUAAUGAAAGUGACGUAUGUUCGAGCAUUGUAAAUUCAAAAAUGUGUUUUCCAUCAAUAGAAUCAAGCACAGAUACAUUAGUCCCUUCCCAACAAUUCACAUGUGACACUGGUCAAAGCACAGCACAAAAUUGUAUAUUUCAUAAUAAUGCAAAUUCAAAAGAAGAUGAUGAAAUUGCUUCACAAAAACCGAUUUACUGCAGAAAUUCAAAAAAAAUUGACUAUUCAGGCGCACCUAGGGCUGCACAACUUCAAAAUAUAACGCCACUAUCUAUAUCCCCAACAGUAGAGAAUACACCACUUUGUUCUGCCGGAGCACUCGAAAAAGUUGAUGGCUUGUGUCAUGGUAUUAGUGAAGAAGGAUUAAGGCUUCAACAGCUUGUGUAUGAACAUAAGUUACGAGAAGAAGCUUUGAAAAGAGAAUUGAAUGGAACUCGACAGGCAUUAGUUAAACAAGAAUGUCAACGAUGUCAUGGGUUACGUUUAGCGGAUCUUAAUGUAUUACAAUUUGGCGAAGAAAACCGACCAGAAGAAACGAGCUCACUGACAGACAGUGUGUGUGCUUCAGCUGCUUCUGAUUGUUCCUGGGAAGCAGUUGAAGAGCGAGUGGCUACAAUUCAUGGCAUGUCAAAUUCUGCAAGUGUGUUAUGGGUUCCUGAUCAUGCGGUCUCACGUUGCACUGGAUGUGAUGGCCAAUUCUGGAUAGGCCGGCGGAAGCAUCAUUGCAGAAGCUGUGGAUGCAUUUUCUGUGCUGACUGUGCUGAAAACUUUGCACCUUUACCGACUGAAAAUUUAUAUAACCCUGUACGGCUUUGUAAUCCUUGUUAUCGUAAACAAGCUAAGAUACCUGAAGCCUGUAAACACGAAGCUAGUGACAAUAGAACGACGUAUUGUAGUAGGCAACUGGGAGCACCUAUGAAUUAAAUAUACUUUGUUUUGUAUAUAUUGUACA